AUGUUGAGACUGUCAACACGUAGAUUUUCAAUUAUGAAACCACCUCCAAACAUUGCAAACGAGACUGCAAAGUUGUUCCAUGUGAACGACGUCAAAGAUUGGGACCUGUUGAGGGCAUCCCUUAUCAAAUUCAAUAAUUCUUCUCUGGAAAUACCUCUAGUCAUUAAUGGUAAUCGUAUUUAUAGUAAAGAUAAUCGGGACGUCUAUUUGCAACGUAAUCCAGCGAAUCAUCAGCAAGUUCUAGCGGAAGUGACUCAAUCGACCGCUCAGGAUGUUCAGGACGCAAUUACCGCAUCAAUGAACGUCAAGAAGUCAUGGUACACAACUCCAUUCUAUCAUCGUGCUGCUAUUUUUUUAAAGGCUGCUGAUUUGAUUUCUACAAAGUACAGAUAUGACAUGUUGGCAUCCUGUAUUCUCGGUCAAGGUAAAACUGUCCAACAGGCUGAAAUUGACUGUAUCACGGAAAUUUCUGACUUUUUAAGAUUCAAUGUCAAAUAUGCAUCCGAAUUAUACAGUCAACAACCUACUGAAUCUUCAGCUGGUACUUGGAAUUCGGUAGAGUAUAGGCCCUUGGAAGGUUUUGUCUAUGCGGUUUCUCCCUUCAAUUUCACUGCAAUUGCAGGAAAUCUUACUGCUGCACCCGCAUUGAUGGGUAAUACUGUUGUUUGGAAGCCCUCUAAAUACGCAACAUUAUCAAAUUAUCUUUUGUACACUGUCUUGGAAGAAGCAGGCUUACCUCCCGGUGUCAUUAAUUUUGUCCCAGGUGAUCCAGAACUCGUUACCAAGGAGGUUGUGCAACACACUGAUUUCAAUGCUCUACAUUACACUGGUUCAACGAAAGUUUUCAAAUCAUUAAAUUUCCAAAUACAGAAGAAUUUAACGGAAGAUAAAUACAAGAAUUAUCCACGUAUCGUGGGUGAAACCGGCGGUAAGAAUUUCCAUUUAGUUCACAACACUGCAAAUAUUCCAAAUGCUAUAUUCAACACUAUCAGAGGUGCCUUUGAGUAUCAAGGUCAAAAAUGUUCUGCAGCUUCAAGAUUAUAUUUACCAGAAUCAGUCUCCAAUGAAUUUUUGACAAAUAUGAUAGGUAUCUUGAACGAAUCUAAUUCAAAAUUUAAACCGGUGAACACUUCAGCCUCAGCGCUAAACGGCGGUGACUUACACGGAUUUAUUGGUCCUGUCAUCCAUGAACGAAGCUAUGACAAGCUUGUCAACGUUAUUGAAACUGCAAAAAAUGAUCCAUCCUUGGAGAUUUUAUGUGGAGGUAAAUAUGACAAAUCUAAAGGCUGGUUUAUCUCACCGACAGUGAUUAAAUGUAAUGACCCAUCGCACAGGUUCCUUAAGGAAGAGUUUUUUGGUCCAGUUUUGACGGUUUACGAAUAUCCAGAUGACCAAUUCGUCGAACUCUGUAAAGACAUUGAGAAGACUUCCACAUAUGGCCUAACAGGAUCCAUUUUUGCCAGAGACCGUAAGAUUAUCGAGCAGGCAUCUGAUCUCUUGAGGUUUAGUGCAGGUAAUUUCUAUAUCAACGACAAGUGCACAGGCGCUGUGGUUGCACAGCAAUGGUUUGGGGGAUCCAGAAUGAGUGGAACUAACGAUAAGUCGGGAAGUGGUAAUAUCUUAAACAGAUUUGUUAACAUCAGAAAUAUAAAGGAAAACUUUUAUGAUUUGAAUGGUUACAAAUAUCCUUCUAAUUAUGACUAA